CGAAUCCGAGCAAAAUCCGGCGAAUUUCCACCAUUUUGCAACCAUAUUCCGAUGGCAUCUGCAAGUUCCGAACAACAGUUAUGCUAUGGACCUGAGGAUCCAUCACUACUGUUUCAUCAGAACGAACAUAUUUCAGGCUCCUUGUUGGCGAAUGGCACAACAAAUGUGUUGAGAAGUCGUAGGAUGGAGAGUAAGGUGUGGGCAUUGCCAAUACAUGAAAAUGUGAUGUAUUGGCUAGAUGUAUGGGGGUUCAGAGGCGUGGUUGAAUGUGGAAGGCCGAUGAGGAUGGACAAUGAGCUAAUAACGGCCUUGAUCGAGCGCUGGAGGCCUGAGACACACUGUUUCUACCUUCCAGUUGGUGAAGUUACUGUAACCUUACAGGAUGUGCAAAGCCUGUGGGGUUUGAGAGCAGACGGUCGUGUUUUCACUGGCCGUGACUACCCUAUUGGAUUUAAAGAUUGGUCCAGCAAGUGUAGAGAUUUGUUGGGAUGGAUACCUGAUGCAGAAACCGAAACGAAGCACGGUGGUUUGUUGAUGACGUCUCUGAUCCACCAAGCGACGAUGUCGUUGGGUGAUGGGCUGCCUGAGUAUGCAUACAUUCAAAGAGCACGUAUACAUGCUCUGAUCUUGUUAGGGGGGCUUAUUUUACCGGACACCACAGGGUGCAAGGUCCCCUUUAUGUGGUUAAAUGCCUUAGACGAUCCGGAAGAUGUGGCUAAUAUCAGUUGGGGUAGUGCUGCUUUAGCAUACCUGUAACAUUAUUUGU